AUCUUCUCGGUACCUUCUAUAUAUUAUAUACACAUCUGUAAGCAAAUAAAUACAGUAAAUUCUAAGAGCUCAGAACCCCCUCUCAUUCUGGUUAUUGGUGUGUGACGGAUGGUGAAUCAAAAGUUGGUCAUGAAACCAUCCAAAUUGUCGAGUUCUAGUAGUCCCAUUGCGGAUAUGGAGGUAGCAGUGGAAUCGACGGAUCGGAAGAGAAAUAGAAAGGGCGGAGUGAAGAAUGGAAAAGCCAUCGGUGGUAGUUGUGGGGGCGCUGCCGGAGAUCAAUUUGAACAUGAGAUGCACAUAUGGACGGAGAGAGAGAGGCGGAAGAAGAUGAGGAACAUGUUCUCUAGUCUUCAUGCUUUGCUUCCCCAGCUUCCUGCUAAGGCAGACAAGUCUAGCAUUGUGGAUGAAGCAGUGAAAUACAUCAAAACCCUUCAACACACUCUCCAAACACUUGAGAAUCAAAAGAUGGAGAGACUCAGGAGCGGGACAAUCGUCGACUACGAGGCCUCAAUCCUCACGACAACCUCGCAGCCGUCAGUACUAGCGGAAUCGAGGGAGGCAUUCUUGGCAGAUCAGGUGGCAUCGAAGAACUAUUCAAUGGUCGACAGUAUGCCUCGGACGACCUUUCCCCUGUUUCGUUCUCCUGCUUGCUUUCAGACAUGGUUUUCGCCUAAUGUUGUCAUCAAUACCUGCGGUAAUGAAGCCCAAAUCAGUGUGUGUUCGCCGAGGAAGCGGGGGCUGUUGACAACCAUCGCGUAUAUUCUAGAAAAGCAUAACUUGGAGGUGGUGACUGCUCAUGUUUCCUCGGAUCAUUAUCGCAGCAUGUACAUGAUCCACGUCCAAGCGGCUGGUGGAAGUGGAACUGAUCAAGUUUCAGACACACACACACUAUCGGUGGAGGAGACAUUUAAACUCGCUGCUGGAGAGAUGAACCUGUGGCUUCUUACAUGUACUUGAAACAAAUAGACAGACUUCAUCUCAGAAACUGCUAUUUUGGUUCAGGAACUUGGAAAACUAGCUGUUUUGAGAAUACAUAUAGGUCGUUUUCAUCAAUAAUUAGACCCGUGUGAAAGCUUUCCUGUAUAUAAACAGAGUUUAUACAGAUAAAAAAAAGUGAAGCUUGGACCUCCCAAGUUUUUUCCCGUUAUACCUAGGAUGCCCAUGAUGAGGACUGUCUAGUUUGAAUUAAUUACUUGGUUUUGAAUUGAAAGUUUUCAUUUUCGAAUAAACAAUGAUGUGUUGU